CGACGAAGCAAUUGAAGCUACCCUGAGCGACGGCAAAACAAGAAGUACGCAAAGGCGUGUGUGUUGUUUAACGUGCGUUGGCGUUGACGUCGCAGCUGGCGCUGGCAGCGGCAGCGACAGCGCCGUUGACGUUGACGUGACGCUUUUGCUCGCGUGCAGCGCGCGCUUUGGUUUCAGUUCGUUUUUGUACGUUGUGCACGCCGAACGCAAACGGUCAGCGCCCACACACAACCAGAACAACAAGACACAGUCGACAGACGACGACGACGUCCAUGUCCAGUUAAACGCACACAUUCACAUUCGCAUUCGCGUACCACAGCCAUCUAAGCAAAUCUCUCUGCUGCUCUGGCGUUGUUGUUCUUGUGUGUGUUGUCGCGACUUGUGUUAUCCCAAAGAAAAGAACAGUUAAGUUUCCCAUACACACGCACGCACGAACUAACUACUUUUCGARCUCGAAUCGAAUUGGAUUGUAUUGGAUUGGAAACAUUUUGAACAUCUUCGCGCAUUCAGUGUGUGCUUAUUAUAAUUUUUUUGUCGUUUUUUUGUCGCCGCACAUGUCGUGUGUGUGAAAGUGUGUGUGCUUGCGCGCGUGCAUGUGUGUAUGCUGUCAUAUUUUUUUUUGUGUUUGUCGAUGCGAGUGAGUUAUGUUAACCGUUAACCGUUAACCGUUAGCCGUUAGCUGAACAAGUGCAAUAAACCGUAAACAGAGCAAAACUUUUUACCGACGGCAAAAUGCAAGCGACCAAAUUGCGAACCCCCUUUGCCAUACAGGAGAUCCUCGGCCUGGGCCAGCACCAACAACAACAAUCAUCGCAGGCAGCUGCCGCUGCCACGCCCAGCGCCAUUGAGGCGCCCCUCUCACCGGCCGCCACGCCCCCACCGCGGAACGCCAACACGCCGCAACAGUCAGCCGUGAGCAGCGGCCAACCGCUGGAGCAGCCCUCGAGAGAUUCGCGAUCCAUUUCGCCAGAUGUGACGCGUUUAUCAGCGGCCGCUGCAGCUGCCGCCGCCGCCGCUGCCGCCCACUGCCAACUGCCCGUAUUCAAUCCGGCGAAUUUCUAUGCAGCCGCCGGCUAUGCCGCUGCCGCCGAUCCGGCUAAUGCAGCUGCCGCCCAUCACCAUCACAUGACGACGUUGGCAGCGGCCGCCUAUCUGCGCGGCUUCCUGCCGCCCGGCUUCAGCACGCAUCACGAAUUUCGGGGACACUUUCAGCAGCAUUUCGGCGCCCAGUUUGCAGAACAAGCGGCCGCACGUGGUCAGGAGUAUGCCAACAGCUUGGCCAAUGCCAGCGGCGAUGAGCAGUCGCCUAGUAAAUCGAAUGCUGCAGCUGUUGCUGCCGUCGAGCUGUCCGCGGGGCACAGCAAUGGCCAGGCGAAUGGCAAUGGCAGCGCUAGCAGCAGCAACAACAACAACAACAAUAGCAGCAGCAGCAACAACAACAACAACAGCAGCAAUGCUGCCACAGCUAGCUCCGCUUCGAGCGCCACAUCCUCCUCCUCCACAUCGAAUGCGCUGCAGCAGCAGCAGCAACAGCAGCAACAGCAGCAGCAGCAGCCGCAUCAUCAUGCCGCUUUGGCCGCCCAUCAGCAUGCGGCAGCGGCUGCAGCAGCGGCACAUCAUCAUGCCGCUGCCGCAGCGGCCGCUCAUCAUGCGCAUCACGCUCAUGCGGCGCAUCAUGUGCACGCCCACGCCCACGUACAUGGGCAUGGCCAUGGCCACGGUCAUGUGCAUCACGGGCAUGAGGCAGCCUUCCUGGGCGCGGCAGCUGGCGCGGCGGCCAAUCCGAAUGGCCUGCUCGCUGGCCAUGGCGGCGGCGACGUGCUCGUCGGCCCCGGCGGCAGCGGACCCGGCGGCAAGAAGAAGAACAAGCGGCGACACGGACGCACCAUAUUCACCAGCAGCCAGCUGGAGGAGCUGGAGAAGGCCUUCAAGGAGGCCCACUAUCCGGAUGUCAGUGCACGGGAGCUGCUGUCCAUGAAAACGGGACUGGCCGAGGAUCGUAUACAGGUGUGGUACCAGAACCGUCGGGCCAAGUGGCGCAAGACCGAGAAGUGCUGGGGCCACAGCACAAAGAUGGCCGAGUAUGGGCUGUACGGGGCGAUGGUGAGGCAUUCGCUGCCGCUGCCGGAGACAAUCAUCAAGUCGGCCAAGGAGGACGAGUCCGUGGCGCCCUGGCUGCUGGGCAUGCACAAGAAGUCGCUGGAGGCCGCCGAGCUGCUGAAGAGCGACGAGAGCGACAGGGAGACGCCCACCUCGGAUGAUACGAACACCUCCUACUCGGCGGGCAGCACCCAUAACUCGCCCAUCUCCAGCUUCUCGAUAUCGCGUCUGCUGUUCGAUGCGCCGCCGCCGCCGUCAGCGGGCGGCAACAAGCAGUCGAAGCACGCCCAUGCCCACGCCCAUGCGGCCGCUGCCCAUGCGCACGCCCAUGCCCACGCACACGCCCACAUCGCAGCGGCGAACGCGGCUGCAGCGGCCGCCGCCGCGGCCCACCAGCACCACGGCGAUGCAGCAGCCGCUGCCGCCGCCGCAGCAGCAAUGCACGCGGGCAUGCACCAUCACCAUCAUCACCAUGGGCAGGCGGCAGUGGCCGCCGCAGCAGCCACUGGGCAGCAGCACCAUCCAUACAACCAGCAGCAGCAUCUGCACCAUCUGCAGCAGCUACAGCAGCAGCAGCAGCAACAGCAGCAGCAGCAACAGCAGCAACAGCAACAGCAGCAGCAGCAGCAGCAGAUGGCCGAGCAGCAGCAGCAGGCGGCGGUGGUGCAGCAUGCGAUGCACAUGCACCACCAUGGCACCGCUGGCUAUGCCGAGGCGGCCGUGGCUGCGGCUGCUGCUGCUGCGGCCGUUGCUGCUGCCGCGAACGCUCGCAAUGCGGCGGCCGCUGCUGCUGUUGCUGCCGUUGCUGUGGCCGAGUCGGAGCCGGACGAGGAGAUCGACGAGGACGAGGACAUGGAGAAGGACUGCGACGCGGAUGUCGAUGCGGAUGUGGAUGCGGAGGCCGACAACGAUGCGGAUGUCGAUGGGGAUGCGGACGCCGAUGGCGAAAUCGACAUCUGCGACGACGAGGACGAGGCGCAGACGCUGGCGCAUCAGCAGCUGCUGCUCAAGGUCAAGCAGGAGCACCUGAGCGGCGGCGGCGGCGGCGCGGUGGGCGGGGCAGGUGGCAUGGAGGGCGGCAGCAGAUGAAAUAUGUACAUCGAUGUCUUGUUCUAAAGCGAGAAACGGCGAGAGAGAAAGCGAGAAAGGGAGAAGGAGAGGGAGAGCGAGAAGUAUUUAUUGAGCAGCAGGAGGAGGCGCAGGAGCAGUCGGCAAUGUUAAUUUUCUAAGCAUAAAUCUAAAUAAUUUAAUUAAAUCUAUAUAUAUACAUAUGUAUAUCGAUAUAUUUAACUCGAUAACAAAUUU